CUCCCCUGCUCCUCGUUUCACCCCUCCUACCUUCGACCCUGCCAGGUUGGGGUGUGGGCGGGAGUGUGACCCCGACCCCAGAGCCCCUCUGAGUGCCGGCUGCCCUCCCCUUCGUUCUCCUGGGUGAACAUCCCCUUUUCUCAGCCGAAGGAGGUGCAGAAGGGUUGCGCCCCACUCGGUGAAGGGCCCAGUGGAAGGAGGUCAGGGCUGCCUUCGCCUCCGCCGACGGGAGGCGUCUGGCCGUCUCGCUGACACCUUAUCCAGUGCCCAGAGGGAACUUGAGGCCUCCCGCGGCUCUCGCCUGGCGCGAGUCCCUGAGGGAGGGGCCUGGCGGGGCAGUCUGCAGGAAGCAGGGCAGGGGGCCUCGCUCCCCUCUUGGGAGGGUGCGGGGGGGCACCGCAGGGCCCACUCCGGAGCCCCCUGCUCUCCGCUAGUCAGUCCUGCCGAGGUUACAGCUAAAGUAACGGGCCCAGGAGCGUGGGAACGUCCCGGCCAGGCCCACGCCUCGGGUCUCAUGUCCGGGAGAGGCGUGGGGCGCCGGGGCGUCCGGGGGCAGCGCUGGGAGCUGCGAGCGGCGAGGAGGGGCACAGCGGGAGGCGCGCCCGCCCUCCGGGUCUCCGGCUCUGUGGGGUCAGAUUCCCACCAGAAUUGAACAAAACCUGGAGUAUACCAGCUCUUGUCCCUGUUCUUUGCCUCUCGUUUUGUUGGUGAAGAUAUCACGGUGAUGUCUGCAUUCAACCUUCUGCAUCUGGUGACAAAGAGCCAGCCAGUAGCCCUGCGAGCCUGUGGGCUUCCCUCAGGGUCAUGUAGGGAUAAAAAGAACUGUAAGGUGGUCUUUUCCCAGCAGGAACUGAGGAAACGGCUAACACCCCUGCAGUACCAUGUCACUCAGGAGAAAGGGACAGAAAGUGCCUUUGAAGGAGAAUACACACAUCACAAAGCUCCUGGAAUAUAUAAAUGUGUUGUUUGUGGAACUCCAUUGUUCAAGUCAGAAACCAAAUUUGACUCUGGUUCAGGUUGGCCUUCAUUCCACGAUGUGAUCAGUUCUGAGGCAAUCACACUCACAGAUGACUUUUCCUAUGGGAUGCACAGGGUGGAAACAAGCUGCUCACAGUGUGGUGCUCACCUUGGGCACAUUUUUGAUGACGGACCUCGUCCAACCGGCAAAAGAUACUGCAUAAAUUCAGCCUCCUUGUCUUUCACACCUGCAGAUAGCAGCCUUGCCGAAGGAGGCAGUGGGGUCGGCGGCCCAUCCCAGGCAGACAAAACUGAGCUGUAGGAUGGAGAGGAACGGAAACAAAAUGUUCUUAAUGCACAGCUUAUUAAAAUAAGUCAAAAUUGUCUAUCCUUAAUAGAUAUAUUUUUUCAAAAAAAAUAUAAAGGUAGUUUUGUGCUAUUGGUAUUUUUUCUUGUUUUCUUUAAACAGAGGCCCUGAUAGCCAGUGUAUUUUGCUAUUGACUAGAUCCAGAAUUGUUUCUAUAAAGCUUUAAUGAGUGGAGAUAGCUUUGUGAAACUUCUUCACAAGCCACUUAAGUACCAUUUGGCAUUAUUUUCUUCAAGUCACAUUGUUGCUUUUGAGAAUUUUUUCCCAAAAAGUGUCAGAGGGUACUUGGUCUUCAAAUAUGAAAAUACAGAUCUCCUGUGCAAUGGAGAGUAGAGAUCAGAGGUCCAAAGUGCAUCAAGACCUGUGAGACACAUGGCCUGGAGGCCUUUGUGUGGAUCCACCUGAGAUAAGGGUGAAGAGAUAUCUUACAAGACUUCUCAGCUUUGUGGAAAGUUUGAGCUAAGGUCCUUUAGUCUCACUAAAAGGGUGUGAAGGUCUAAAGUCUUUCCUUAUGUUAAAUUGUUGCCAGAUCUGAGGGGCGCACUGAGAGUUGUGGCAGAGAAGUAAACAUUACCUCACAGUUAGAUCUUUGUGUUAUUUUACUUUCCACUGAAAACAUUGGAAUGUAAAACAACUGUAAAUUUGAGCCCAUUUUGUCCAAAGUUCACAAAGAAGAACACCUGCCAUUGCCUUUUUAUAAGUCCUUCCCUCUACACCUAAUACCAGCUGCAGCUAGAAGGGCAUUUUGGCAAAUUCCUCCAUGUAAAAUAAAAUAUUGGGGGCAAGACACUUCAUCAAGGCCGCAGAAAUAAGAGAAAGCAGAGAAGGCCAAGGAGAAAGUCCUGGCACUGAAAAAGCCAGCGCUGGGCAGGAAAGCUGACAAGAUACUUCAAGUAACAAGCAGGGCCCUUAUAUAUAGAACUUCAGGUGCCCUCUGGGAAGAUGUUGGGAAUUAAAAUCAAAAUAUCCAGGAACUCAAAUCCCACCCUUGACAGUAAUCUGCUGUGUAACAAGGGACAAGCCAUUUAGCCUCUCUGUGCCUAUUUCUCCAUGUAUCAAAUGGGACUCAUAAUAUUUGUAAAAUGUAUUGACACUCUCAGGGCAAAAUUACUAUAUUGCUAUACAGUUGGGAUCAGUGCUGUAAAGUUAAACUGAUCUGGUUCUAAUUGCCUCAAAGGCUGCAAAAAAACCAGGCAUUUGAAAUGAAAAGAGCAGAGAGGAGGUUCGCAUAGCUGACUGGUAUGGAAACAGUUGGGCCAAGAGCCAGAAAUUUUUCUUUGAGCAAUAUGGCUGGUUUUACUCUGAGAAUCUCUGCUCCGUUGUUUAAUAACAUUUAGUCUGGUAGAAUGGAUGUCAUUGUGCACAUUAAGGUUUUCACAGGAAUAAGCCAUGUGAUAUUGCUGUAGCCAGGUGUGCAGGUUUGGUUUGUGACUGAUAUAUAUUGUUUGUAGCCUUGAAUGCUAAUCCUGAAACGUAGUUUUUCUAAAAUAUUGUUUUUGUAAACCUUUGAAAGUUUAUGAAACUGACAUAUUUCCUUUUGAAUACCAAGACAGAAAUAAGAAAGAGGGACAUUUGCCAGUUUUAAAGAAAAAACAAGAAAAUAAAAAUGAAAAGUUGUGGCAAAUCAAAAUGUCACUGUGGUCAUAUCCACAUUCUCCCAGUCUAAAAGCACCACCCAGCGAGGCCCUCCCUCUGGUGCCUCUUCAUUGUCACAUAUGCCACAACUUUACAAUUCCAGGUUGGUUCAUAUGCUUCCUCUUUUGGAUCCUAGUUGUUUCUCCUCGGGCUGUGGGAUCACUCUGGAAUUCGCAGGUUUCACUCACCUCUAGAAGUAAGAUGCAAAAUUUAAGACCAGACAAGGCCAUUGAGGCCUCAGGAUCCAGAGCAUCCUAAAGCCUUUCCCGACCUGCACAGGCACAUGGAGGGAGCUCCAGCAUUUCCCAGCAACCCAAAGAUCCUCAUGGAGGGGAGGCUAAAAGAAGUGAGUCUCUAGGGCACUGCUGCCACAGUCUACAGCCAGGGGCUGCACGGUGCUGCUCAUGCUGAUCUGGCUGUGCCGUGUGUGGCGGCCUUCCCUGGGCCACUGGGCAAGAGCCAUGGUAGGGAGGUAGCAAGGAAGACAAAUGAGGGGCUUCUUUUCUCUCCCCAGACACCCCAGUUUGUCAUUGUUUCUUUAUUCUUACUUUGUAGCUUAGCAUUUUCCUCAAAAAAAAAAAGCUGCUUUUCUAAUCCUUAGUCUUUGUUUCAAGGAAAGAUAGUUUUUCUUCUACCACAUUUUCCAGCAUCAACUUUAAGAAAAAUGCAACAUCCAUUGAAAAAAAAGUAAAGAGCAUGCAUGUGGUUUAAUUCCAGAUUGCUUUUGGAUUUAAGUGGUAUCCAAUUUCAGUAUAUUUCUGUCUUAUGUUAAAGAAAUAUAUUACUAAAACAUCAGUGAGCAAUAAUGUCAGCUGUCGAGCACUAGAUUUAUUUUUGCAGGAUAUGGAGGGCAAUGAACUGAGUCAAUAUGGUGAGGUGUAUGUGAUCUGUGGGAGUAUACCAUUUAAGAGAGAAAAUUCACGGGACUUGCCCUCUUUGCACUCCAGCCCUGUACAAGGCAAGAUAGAUUCUUUAUUGUACCGUUAGAAGGUACAGGAUUCUGCUUGUGUUUAAUACAUACAUGAUACAGUCAUGCAGAAAAGAAAGCAGGAGUAUAUAUUGUAUUAGAGAAUAUUUUUACUUUUUAUUUCUUAGAUGCACUUAAAUUCUUAAUGCAAAUGAUGUAGCAGUUUGAAAGCCUUUCCAUAAUAAUUGUAUUUAAAAUGCCUUGCUUUAAAUAUGAAAAAUGAUGAAAAGAAUUAUCAUUUGUUUUCAAGGUCAAAUAUUAUUUUUGCCUUAGAUAGCUUUGUAAUAAUUUUUCUCCAAACAAUUCAAAACUUUUAAAAAAUAACAUGAACUUUUCAUUAUAAACCCUUUUGCUAUGUUUA